CGAUGGCGCCGGCAGCAGGCAGGCAAGGCAGGAGGGGCACCAGCCUUUUUGGCAGGGGCAGUCUUUCCCUGACUGCGGUGUCUCGUCUGCUACCGCUCCCUUCCUACUACUUCCCUCAAAAUUUCUUCCUCCGAUCUCGCUAUCAUCCGUUUGACGAUAUUUGUAUACACUAGAAUAAAAAAAGAAAAAAAUAAUCCUCCUAUGCAACAGUGGACCCGUUACCUCAAGUAUUCUGGAGUAUAUUUGUUUCUCUAGGGCUAGAAUGCCCCGAGGGAAGCAAAGGAUGUGUUGCUGAUCCUGUCCCUCGGGGCUAGACCCAACAGCCCCAAAGUGUGAUAAGCAAGAAAGCCCCUGAUAACAUCUGGUGGACCAGGAAAGAAGUCUCGAGAAAUAUAGGAAGAGGAACGGAAAACACUCCGCAGGCAAGAUGACAGUGGAUAUAAUGGACAUCGUGCGGAUGAUCCGCAGCGGCGACAAGAUAGGGAUUCAGAUUUACCUGAGGAAAGGAGGAGAUCCCAAUGCCCGAAACCAGAUGUGCUGGACGCUCCUUCACCUGGCCAGUUUCGAGGGGCAGGCGGAGAUUGCGGAGGUACUCAUCGAAGCAGGAGCCUCGGUGAACUCCUGUACGACCGACAUGUCAACUCCUCUUCACCGAGGGUGCGCUCAGGGAAACAGGAAGGUUGUAGAUAUGUUAGUGAAGAAGGGGGCUUACAUCAAUGCUCAGGAUAAGAACGGAAAUACUCCCCUUCAUGAAGCAGCUAGAGGAUUUCACACAUCGGUUGUCAAAUUGCUUAUCGAUAACAAGGCAGACAAGACCAGAUUGAACAAAAAGAAGCAGUCCUUUCUGAACCUGGAUAAUGUUGGUGCAACUCCACUCCAUGAAGCUGCCAGGGAAGGUUUUGAAGAUGUAAUGAUAGUUCUCAUAGGACGUGGUUGUAAUAUCAAUGAAACUGACAAUGAAGGUAACACACCUCUUCAUGUCGCAGGAAAGUGGGGACAGGCUGCUGCUGUUGAGCUCCUACUGGAGAAGAAUGCAAAGGACAAUAUCAGGAAUAAAAAUAAUUUAUUAUAUUCUGACCUGGCACUAAUUCGCGCAGUUAGAACUGCAGAUAAGGAUCACGUCAUGUCUGGAAUGGCAUGGGGAGGGGACCCAAAUAGCAGAGAUAAAAGGGGAUGGACCUUGUUACACCAUGCUGUUUACAAGGGUGUGGAAGAAAUCUGCGAACUUCUGCUGGAAAAUGGGGCCAAUAUAAAUGCUGUUGACAAUCACGACAGAACGCCACUCCUCUUGGCAGCUUAUAGAGGCAACCAGCAGAUUAUGCAAAUACUUCUGAAUGCUGGGGCUGACAUCAACUGUCAAGACUGGAUGGGACGAACUCCAUUGCACUGGGCUGCCAAGGAGGGUUCCAUUGACACGGUCCAGAUGCUGUUAGAUCACAAAGCCAACACUACUAUCAUUAAUAAAGAGGGCCAUCUUUACUCCAGUCUGUUACUGAAGCAUUUAUAUUUUGCCGUUCGGCACAAUGAUGCUGACAAAGUAGUGAGAUUGGUCAUGGCUGGUGCAGACCAGUUUGCAGAGGUUGAAGGAACUGGUGUCAAUCCCAGGGAAGAAGCCAAAAGACGUGGUUUUUAUGACAUCCUUAGACAGAUGGCAUCUUUAGUUGAGAAAAAACCUAAAAGCGAAGAAGAUAAAACUGUGGUACUUGAAGAUAUUUAUAAGCUGUUUGAACAUCAUCUUUAUUUUUGCAAUGUUCAGUCACUUAGGGAUGCAAUUAUCACUGAGGAUGGGGACUUCACUACUUCUGAGGAGGAUCUACGGGAGUCUGAAGAAGAAGAAGAAGAAGAAGAAGAAGAUGAAGAAGAUCGAAAUGAGUCAGAGGAGGACGACUACGCUGACGAAUCGGACGCCUACUGGAAAAUGUCAAAUGCUUAUGAAGUUCUUUCUGUUAAAGAGGCAUUUGGAGAAGAGGACUGUGGUUGGCUGAAGGAGUUUGAGGAGAAACCAAAAGUUAUCUCGGCAAAGGAACUUCUUGAAGAGGAGCAAGCUGCAUUCUGGGACACAUGGCAAGAGAAGCAGAAAGUAAUAUCAGCUAAAGAGUUCUUCAAGGAAGAAAGUAACUGGUGGGAAAAUGAGGAUGAGGAUAAAAAUUCCAAUGAAGAGAAGAAUGAAAUUUCAUCAUCUGACUUUAAUAGGAAUGAUGAAUGUUGGUGGAGAGAUGCUCAAGAAAAUUUGGAUAAGCCUAAGGCUGUAUCAGCAAAAGAAUACUUUAAAGAGGAAGAACCUUGGUGGAUAAGUGGAAAAGAGAACAAGGAGGAGGAGGAGGAAGAAGAGGAUGAAGAAGGUUCUCCCAAAGAAUAUUACACACAUGAUGCACCAUGGUGGAAAUCUGAGUGUCAGAACUCAAAGACAGUAUCAGCUAAGGAAUUCUUUAGAGAUGACAAACCUUGGUGGCAACAGGAUAAAGUUUUGGCAAAAGACUUCUUUGAAGAAGAAAAGCCUUGGUGGCAAGAGGAUGGCUCAGAAAAGAUUGUUUCUGUAAAGGAUUACUUCAAAGAAGAGGUACCAUGGUGGCAACAAAGAAAUGAAAAGGUGAUUUCUGCUAAGGAAUUUUUCAAAGAUGAUGAACUUCCUUGGUGGUACACAGAAGAAAUGCAGCCAGACAAACCAGAGGGAUUAAAAAAAAGUUUGGCUACUGUUCGAUAUUAUGAGAGAUAUUUAAUCAACAAGCAAAUGUGUGAAGAAAAAGGUGAAUGUAUUGAAUUUGAGUCAGAGUUAUCUGGUGAUGAAAUAGAGGAAUCUACUCGAACAGAUGACUAUGAAGAUGCAACAGAUAGCCUUAUUAGCAAUAGUAGUACUAUGUACAGUGCAAGUGAAGGGGAGAGACCCUUAACUAACAUUGUAUCAGAUCACAUUCCAUGGCAGAGAAGUGAUAAAGAAGGGGGCAUAAGAAAAAAUAUACCAAAGGCAGAUGACUUUUUCCAAGAAAAGCAUUGGCUGGAUGAUGCCAGUGAAGCCAGUGAGCCCACAGAAAUGUUGGAUAUGGACAUGAGUGAGAUGAGUGAAAUUGUCACAGCAUCUGAAUUUUCCCAGUCUGGAUCAUGGAAUCAAGAUAGUGAUGCUAAAGAUAGAGAAGAAAAUGAAACAGAUGAAGAGGAGGGUGAAAGUCUGGAAGAGGAAGAGGGGGAGGAUGAAGAAGAAGAGGAAUGUGAAGAAGAUGGGGAAGAAGAAGAGAAGAAGAAGAAGAAGAAGAAGAAGAAGAAGAAGAAGGAGGAGGAGGAGGAGGAAGAGAGAGAAUCUAGAGAGGAUGUUUGUGAAGAGGUGAGUAGUGGUGAAAGUGAGGCUCUUAGAAGUGAAGAUGAAAUUGAUGACAUAUCUGAAGAGGAACCUGGAUCAAAAUCAUCACUUGAAAAUAUAGAGGCAGUAUUGCAUGGAGAUAGGAAGGGAGAAAGUCAGCCUUCAAAAACUUCAAAAAUACUGACAAAAGAAUGUUUCUCACAACAGGGAAACAUACCGUCAAUUGUUCUAGAUGAUAAGGAGCUAGAUAAAGAAACUCUUGAUAUAAAGAGUACAGGCAUAUCAGAAGAGUUCCACUCAAAUCUUAUUAUUCCAAAAGUGGUGAGUAACUCAUAUGAAUCAUUAGAGAAAAGAACCCCUAACAUAGAUAUAGAAGUAACUAACCAUGAUUUUCUUACAGGUCCUAUUCAUUAUUCCAAUAGUGUUCAUAACACAGAAGGAAAUCUACAAAAAUCAGAUUCUCAGACAAGUGGUUAUGAUUCUAGCUUAUCAUUUUCAGAUAGUAAGAUCAGAGAUUUACCAAAUGAUUCUGGAAAUGAACACCUGUGUGUUGAUGAAAAUGCUGAGGACACUGACUUGUCAGAUACAAUGAAUCUUAUGAGUUCAGAAACUACGGAAAGUAUAGAGGAAUCCAUUUGCUUUGGUGAAGAUGAAGAAUGUGAAGAUGUUAAGAACUCUGUGAAUGAUAUCCAGUUGGCUGUAAAUGAAUUGAAAGAAACAGGUCAACAACUAACUGUACAGAAUGUCAUCAGCCAAGAUAAUGUUACAUCUGUUGCCAAAGAUCAAACGAUAACAGAAAUGGAAGAUAAUAAGGUUUUCAUUCAUAUGGCAUGGGACAAAGUUGGCAACAUUAAUCCAUGCCAAACAAACCUUCCAGAAGAACCAGAGUCUCAGGAUAUAGAAAGUGUAAGUAUUCAGAAAACAAGUCAUCUUUCAGAUCAACCACCAAUAGCUGCAGAUGGCAAUAUUACUUCUGAAGAUACACGGGAUAAUGAUGAAAGCAGAGGCAUGGAUGAAGAAGAAGUACAAAGUUAUGCUUCUGUUGUCAAAAGAAAUUUGGAAAAAAGAGCCAUCAAUAAGAUGGAUGAUUGCCUUGCUAAGUUUGAUGCUAGCCUUGCUUCAGUAGGUGCUAAGUUAACAAAAGAGAGUUCAGAAAGAACAUCAAAUAGUGGUAAUCAGGAAAGAUUGAGUGACUGGAAGGAACAAACAUAUGCUGCGAUAGUAAAACGAGGAAAAAAUACACAAAAUAUAGAUAGUAAAACUAUAUUACAAGAGUCUCCUGGGAACAACAUGUCUUUUAGUGAACAAAAAGCAAAAGAAGAAAGGGAAACUAAUCAACUUUUCAAAGUGCAUGUCUAUGUUCCAGAAAAAGAAUCAGAAUUUCCUGAUUUAAGCACUGAAAAGCGUUGUUUCUCUGAUAUGGCUGAAGAAAUAAUUCGUACAAAAAAUAAUGAUGCUGAAGGAGAUCCUUGGAAGUUUAGAAAAUAUGUUAGCAAUUUGUCAAAGGAACACAAUUUAGAGGUAAAUGAUGGCAUAUCUAGCCCUGAAAAAGAUGCAUAUACCAAAAUAUCAAAAGACUGUGGAAAAAGUAAUGAAAGUGAAAAUGAUUUAAGAAAAUUUAGUGAUACUAGAACACAUAUAAAUGACAAAAGUGUUAGUGAAAAUAAUAUAAAAAAGGAAGGAGAGAAUGAAGACUUGUGUUGGGUUGACACUGAAAAUACACUAAAACAUAGUGAAAAUGUUGCUGAAUCGGAUAAAGAAAAGGAAACUGAUUCACUGUUGGAUGACAAGAACUUGCAGCAAGAAACUCCCAAUGAUAGUGAAGAAAUCAGUGGUAAAGUACAUUCUAGUGAGAACAGGGAGUUAUCACGGGAAAGUUCUGUAGAGAGGGUUCCUGCAAGUGAAAGAGGUGAAUCUCCAAGUAUCCAUAUGGAAAAGAGUCUUUGGCGGUGCAGUACCUACGAUGCUAUGAGCCUUAGUGAAUAUGACAAUAUAGCCUUUAUGGUUAAAAAAGACUCUAAUUCUCCAGCUAGUUGGGGGAACAAGAAAAAGAGAAAAGAAUGUGAGGGUAAUACCAGUUCCCUUAACCAAGACUUUAUCAGUCACAAUGAUUCUGAAAAUAAUGUUCAACAGAUUAUAACCUCCACACAUAGUAAAGGCACUGACAACCAAUAUGUUAAUACCACAGAAACAAUAAAUAUUCAAUUAUCAAAUGAAUGCAUAAAUUCUGGAUUAUCGACUGAAAGCACAAACAUCGAACUAUCCCCAGGAAAAGAUAUUGAAUCAUCAACAGAGAACAUAAAUAUUGGAAUAUCAAAUGGAAGAAGAGAGAAUGAUACUAAAGAAUAUACAGUAAUGACAGAAGAUAUAGAUGUAAAAGAGUGUUCCCAGUCCUUGAACAAAAUAGACAAUGUUCUCGAGCAUCACGAUGUACCUGGAGCUCCAUGUGUGCUGUUAUUGAGAGAGGACAAAAUUCUAGGAGCUGAGGCUUGCACUAACCUUAGUGAAACUAGUUGUAACCAGGACCCAUCAGUAGCCCCUCAUCGGAAUAAGGAAUCUAGUUUGCUGUGUCACAAAGUGAAAUAUAAUUUUGAUGAAAAUAGUGCAGACACAAUACCAACAUCUCCUCAUGCUCUGUACCAGCCCACUAACCCCACUUUGUAUGAUCCAGAUAAGAAAGAGACCAGUAAAGUAGAGGCAGCUGUCAAUAAAAAGCCUGAUGAGCCGAGGCUCCAACCCGUUCCAAGUAAACGGAGCAAGGAGGUCAACAAGAAGGAUAAAGAGAAACAGAAACAAAAAGAGGAAUGCAGUUCAAGAAAUGAAGCAAUUGCCAUCUAGUUGAAGUAGGAGAAUAUAACAACUUAAUCAUAUAUAAUCUGAAUGAAUUUGACUGAAAUCUUCAUUCAAACUUUAUUACAAGAAAGCUUUGUCAACUUUGAACAUCAGAAAAAUGUUCCAAUGUACCUGUAUCAAGUAACUG